UGUGGCAAAGUUGUAAAGAUGUUUAAAAGUUUCUUUUUCUCUGUAUUUGUGUGUGUCCUUUUAAAUUUGACGUUAUUUGUACGUACUUUAGAAAUAGACCUAACGGUAGACGUAAAACCAGGCUAUGAAGAGUGCUUCUUCGAGGAGAUUAAGAAACCCACGAGUUUGGAAAUUGAGUAUCAGGUAAUAGAUGGUGGUGAUUUAGAUAUCAACUUCAUGGUGACGUCGCCUCAUGGUAGAAUCAUGGUAUCAGAGCUUCAGAAAUCGGAUGCAGUUCACAAGCUUGAUGCCACAGAGGUGGGUGUUUACAAGGUUUGCUUUGACAACUCAUUCAGUCAUUUUGCAAGAAAGCUGGUCUUCUUUGAAAUCAUGGCUGGUGAUGAUGAUGAGGACGAAGAAGAUGAUCUAAAGAAAGACUGGAAGGCGGCUCAGGAGGAGCUGUCGUCUAUUGUAGACAUGACUCUGGAAGAUUUCAAGAGAUUGCUGGAUAAUGUUAACAAUAAUCUGGAUAAAGCUCGUUCCGAUCAGCAAGUCCUGAGGAACUACGAGGCUCGAGAUCGCAACCAACAGGAAAACAACUUCCAGCGCGUGAACUUUUUCUCUGGAGUACAAGUGUUUAUAAUGUUGUCUGUAGCUUUAACCCAAGUUCUUCUCAUCAGGAGUUUAUUUGAUGAUAAAAAGAGAGUACAGAUGAAAGCUAGUAAUAAGCAAGCGAGAGCUUUAAUUCGGGUUGCCAUGAACAGAUGGGAAAAAGAUACAUGUAUUAGAUUUGUUCCAAUUUCUGAAUCUGAGAAAAAACCGGCAUUUUACAUCAAAUUCUACAACUCCACUACUUGUUUUUCAGAUAUCGGUAGAAGUGAAAAACAACAUCCUCAGUUACUGGGGCUCAGUAAAGGUUGUAUGUCUAUUCCUGUUAUUCUACAUGAACUUGGCCACGCUCUUGGAAUGAUUCACCCUAUGUCACGUAAUGACCGAGACUCUUACAUUGACGUCAGAACUCAAAACGUUAAAACUGGCGCCGAUCGAAAUUUCAUGAUCAUGAGAGAGAGAGGAUAUAUGUAUUUUACAUUAAACGUGCCAUAUGACUACAAAAGCAUUAUGCAAUACAGUCCCACGAUAUGGUCCUGGAAUGGAAACCCUACCAUGGUUACACUGAAACCGGAAUACCAGUCCAUAUUAGGGAAUGCUGAUGACGUCAGUUUCUAUGACAAGUUAUAUAUCCAUAGACGUUAUCUUUGUGGCUGGGUUUGUACCGGGUACUGUGAGAACGGUGGGAUAGUCGGAGGGAAGUCUUGUAAAUGUAUCUGUCCUGAUGGUUAUCAUGGUAGUUACUGCGAGAAACGCCUACCGGGAGAAAUAAAA